CUGGCUUCAAAAGAGGUUCUCCAGAAGACAAUUAAUGGUCCAGCUGCACCUGUUAGAAAUUUAUUGCCCCGGGGUUUGAUCAAUUCAGGGAAUCUAUGCUUUCUCAAUGCAACACUUCAAGCUCUUCUAUCCUGUUCGCCUUUCGUUCAGUUUUUGCAGGAAUUAAGAACUCGUGAUAUCCCUAAGAUCGGCUUCCCAACAUUAAGUGCAUUUGUUGAGUUCAUCUCUGACUUUGACAUGCCCUCUGAUUCAAGCAUGAAGAAGAAAGAUAUGGUUGUUCUCGAGACUGGACGGCCUUUCAGUCCCAUGAUGUUCGAACCCAUUCUUAAAAAUUUUACGCCAGAUGUGCCAAAUAGUAUAUCAGGAAGGCCAAGACAAGAAGAUUCUCAAGAGUUUCUAAGUUUUGUCAUGGAUCAAAUGCAUGAUGAGUUACUCAAGCUUGAAGGUGUUUCAAACACAAAUGGUGGUAAAUCAUCAUUGGUUUCAGCUGCAGAAGAUGAUGACUGGGAGACUGUUGGACCAAAGAACAAAUCUGCAGUUACAAGAACACAGAGCUUCAUUCCAUCUGAACUGAGUGCAGUUUUUGGGGGACAGUUGAGAAGUGUUGUGAAAGCAAGAGGUAACAAGGCCUCUGCCACUGUUCAGCCAUUCCUCUUGCUCCAUGUUGAUAUUUUUCCAGAAGCUGUUCAUACUAUAGAGGAUGCACUACGUCUAUUUUCUGCCCCAGAAACACUUGAGGGGUACCGAACAUCUGGAGCCGGAAAGGCUGGAGUCGUGAGUGCUAGUAAAUCUGUGAAGAUACAGGCUCUUUCAAGGAUUAUGAUAUUGCACUUGAUGCGUUUUAGCUAUGGAAGUCAAGGAAGCACCAAAGUACAUAAGCCUGUGCACUUUCCUCUUGAACUGAUUUUGGGCCGCGAAUUGCUUGUUUCUCCAACUACUGAGGGUCGAAAAUAUGAGCUUGUUGCUACUAUUACUCAUCAUGGAAGGGAGCCCUCAAAGGGGCAUUAUACUGCUGAUACCCGCUACUCUGAAGGCAAAUGGCUGAGAUAUGAUGAUGCAUCCGUUACUGUAGUGAGCACAAGCAAGGUACUGCAUGACCAGGCUUAUGUUCUCUUCUACAAACAAGUAGAGGUAUGUAGGUAGGAGGUUUUGCCUGAAUCAAACCUUGUAAAGAAUAGUAAAUCAUAUUUAUGAAUUUAUGGAAUGGGUGGGAGUGGUUUGGCUCUAGUUGGUCAGGACACUGUCCAUGCUGUUAUAUAUAAAAAUUGGAUAGAGGCUUGCAAGGCUCCUUUUGGAGUAGGCUAUAGAUAAAUGUAACAAUUCUUCCACCUUGUCAGUGAGGACAUGUAAUUUUUAUCAUCUCUUUGUUAAGUUACUAGAAAUCUAUGAAUUUUGUUU